UGCCGUCGGGGCCGGGGGCGCGGCCAGGCCGGGGCCGUCCCGGUAAAGCGGCGGCGCGGGCGGCGCGGCCCCGCACCAUGGAGGGGCACCUGGCGCGCUGCAAGAUCGUGGUGGUGGGGGACACGCAGUGCGGCAAGACGGCGCUGCUGCACGUCUUCGCCAAGGACUGCUACCCCGAGAGCUACGUGCCCACCGUCUUCGAGAACUACACGGCCAGCUUCGAGAUCGACAAGCAGCGCACCGAGCUCAACAUGUGGGACACCUCAGGCUCAGCGUAUUAUGAUAACGUCCGUCCCUUGGCCUACCCGGACUCAGACGCUGUGCUCAUCUGCUUUGACAUCAGCCGCCCGGAGACCCUGGACAGUGUGCUCAAGAAGUGGCAAGGGGAAACUCAGGAGUUCUGCCCCAACGCGAAGAUUGUGCUGGUUGGCUGCAAGCUGGACAUGCGGACAGACUUAAACACGCUCCGGGAGCUUUCCAAGCAGCGCCUUAUCCCUGUGACGCACGAGCAGGGCAGUGCGCUGGCACGGCAGAUUGGCGCGGUGGCCUAUGCAGAGUGCUCCUCCAAGGUCUCGGAGAACAGCGUACGGGAUGUGUUUCAUGUGACCACACUUGCCUCCAUCAACAGGGUGCACAAGAACUUGAAGCGCAGCAACUCCAAACGGGGACUGAAGCGGGCAUCACAGAUGCCUGGCAGGACGGACUUACUGAAUGACACAGAGAUCAGGAAAGACCGAGCCAAGAGCUGCUCCAUCAUGUGAAAAACAGGCUGUAAAUAAUGUGUGUGUGUUGUCCAUUUUGUACAGUAACUGGCUGAGACAAGGGCAUGGUGCUGGCUGCAGGAGCCAGCCCUCCUUUCCAAAGCCUUUCGCUCAGUCUUUAGGGCUGAGCAAAGGUCCCAGCUGCAAACCGGGGUGCCGAGUCGCCCCCCCACCGUGGAGACUUCUGGGUUGGCUGCUGCUGUGCGGAUUGCUUGGGGUGAAGGAACCACUUGGCAGAGGAGUAUUCGGGUGCUGGAAGGUCUGUGACUGGGUGAAACAAAGUAAAAGGGAGCGAUCCUGUGUGUGUGCCACCCUCCUGUACCCAUGGCCCAGCCUCUGUGCCUGUGUGCAGCUAUACAGAACACACAGUGUGGGGCAGUGGGCUCUGUGGGACCUGGGCUGGAAGGUGGGAGGUGGGUGGAGUUGCUAGCAGCAGAGUGCAAUCAGGAGAAGGUAUUCUUCCAAUCUUCCUUUGGAAGAGAAAUGAUGUUUGAGGUGGUGCUGCCUUCAGCUAGGCUGGACAGCAAGUUGCCAUGGAAGGUGCAGGUCUGGGCCAGAGCUGGGAGGGAAGGCACCCUGGGAAGGAACCUUAACCUGUCGAGACAUCACGGUAGUCCACCUCCUGUGAAGAAAAUAGAUAGGUGGCUCCUUACAUGGUAUUUUAGAUACUUGAACUCCAUUUGAAAUGCAGCAGAGUGGAUCUGGCUCCAAGGGAGAGGUCUAUGCCAGUAGAUGCAUCCUGAGAAUUGUGGUUUCCUUCAGCAAGCAAAUGCCACUUGGGAGCUUGUGUCCCAGCUGCUGACAGCCUGGUUACUCAUCAGACUGCUCCCUGCCACGGGCAGCUGUGCUUCCGAGGCACAUGGCUUCCGAAAAAGCAGACUGCAAUAACUAUCCAUAUCCUGCUCUCCACCCAUUUCCAGCUGCAGAUUGUGUUGCAUGGUGCUGUGUUUGUCUGGUACAGAUAACCAAAAAGAUUAUAUGUGUAUCUGCACCCUGUCUCCACUGUGGCAGUGGAGGGAAGGUGCUCCCUGCCCCUCUUGCCCUGCUGUACAGCCUCCUCCCAACACCUCUCAUUGCUUCUGCUGCUGCCCUCUCUAAAUGCCUUUGACUACAGUGUUAGCCUUGACUUAAUGUCACAGACACUUUAAGGAAAAAAGAAUCUGCUCCAUUGCCAGAUCCAGCUGUGUCAGUGGGCUACAGAAAACAAAUAAACAUCAUUGGAAAAUG